UCUAGAUCUAUCAAUGCAGCACUCAGUUUAUAAUCAAUCCGCGAACUCCCCCUCUCCUUUCACCAUAGAAUCCGCGCUCAGAUAGCUCUAACUACACCAAAAGUAAAGGAAAAUGCCCCGCACCGACGAAGCAGAAUGGUGGAUCAACGCCGUCUACGAAGCGGUCCAAGAGAUCCCCCGCGGCCGAGUCACCUCCUACGGCCACAUCGCCUGCCUCCUGGGAUAUCCCAAACGCCCCCGCCAAGUAGGCGUAAGCCUCAAACACCUGCCCUCUGCGCCUUCAAAUCCAGAGACAGAGGCCGACGCAGAAGCCGCCGCAGCGCCAUUCUUCCACUCCGGGAACGUCCCGUGGCAGCGCGUGAUCAAUUCCAAGGGGAUGAUUUCGCAUCGUGGGCCAGGGAGUGCAGAGCGGCAGGCGGAAGUGCUGCGAGCGGAGGGCGUGGAGGUGGAGGUGGAUAGUAUGGGGGAGUAUUAUGUGGAUUUUGGGCGGUUUGGGUGGUUUCCUGAUGUGUUGCCGAGUGAGGAAGGGUUGGAGUCGGAUGGAGGAGAUGGGGAAGGUGAGAGGGGAGGGGAAGAGGAGGCGGGACGUAGUGAUAGGGAUAGGAGUGGAAAUGAGUUGUUUGUUUGA